UAGAUACAAUUGGGAGAAGUGAUGAAGAAUUGAUUAAUGACUAUAAAAAAAUAGUAGAAUCUUUGGAAGAUUCAAGAACAAAAAGGCACUACGUGCUCCCCAAGGGCUACGUGGCGCCCCUGGACUUCACCGCGCCGCUCGACAGGCAGCACCAGCCCGUGCUCGAGCGGGCCUUCGUCGCGGCCACGGAGCUCCUCACGCAGGCCGGCCUCCACGAGGCCGACGAGCCCGUCGAGCUCGCCGUGCCGGCGCUCCGGGACGACGACGACCUCUCCGCGGAUCACCGGUGCCGCAUGCUGCAUGCUGUUGGAUUGUCGAGCUCCGCCCGCGUCAUCGACGACGUCGCGACGUCGCUCGACAUCGACGACACGUGCCGCACGCUCAAGUUCGAGGUGCCCGAGUCCGGGGGUUCCGAUGCGCGCAUCACGCUGAGCCUGUGGCAGGUCGACGACGGCAGCGGCGAGCCCUACGUCUACUGCGAGAUGCCCGCCAGCGUCUACUCGAAAGAGGACGACGCGAUCUCGUUCGCGUGCGUGGACGACUACUACUGCCAGGAGGCCGGCGAGGCCUUCCUCACGUCCGACUGCUACGACGCCUGCGACGACCCGGGGAUCGGCGGCGUCGACAACCGCACCGUCGUCACGACGGUCGACGAGUACUGCGCCGAGUGCCCGCCCGGGUCCGCGUGCGACAAUCACGGCACGAGCCUCCACACCGUCAAGCCCUACGCCCCGACGGGCUACUACGGCCUGGACCUCGGCGGCGCGGACUCCGACGUCGCCUGCGUGGAGCACCGCGAGCACCGGCCCCACUACUGCUACGACUUCUCGUGGUGCAUCCGUCAAUCUUCGGCGAGCGCGUAUGCAGCGCACGACAUGCCCCACGACUACCAGGUGAACUUACGUCCUUAG